AUGCCUGCCUUCAUCUCCCAAACAUCCUCGCAGGUGUCACUCACCGACAUCAAGCUUGAGUGCGAGUCAGGCUAUGUCUCUGGACAAAACUCAGAAUACUCGUCACCAUCAUCAUCAACCACCCUGCCCCAGGUCUCUCUCACAAAGGCCCACAUCAACCAUCUCAACAACAUGCUCGAGGAUAUGCACCCCAUGGACAUCCUCCGAUUCUGCAAGGUCAUGUUCCCAAACCUGUACCAAUCGACUGCCUUUGGCUUGACCGGUCUCGCAACCAUGGACAUGCUCUCCAAGAUCCAGAAGGAGCACCCCAACUCUCCCACUGUCGACCUCAUCUUCCUGGAUACCUUGUACCACUUCAAGGAGACAUACGACCUUGUCGACCGAGUUAAGGAGCGAUACCCUAACGUCCCUGUCCACAUCUUCAAGCCCGAUGGCGUCAACAAUACCGAAGAGUUCGAGGACAUGUACGGAAAGGAGAUGUGGAACACCGCUAGUGAGAUGUAUGACUGGAUUGCCAAGGUCGAGCCUCUCCAGCGAGCCUAUGAUGAGCUCAAGGUUGCUGCCGUACUCAACGGUCGUCGACGAUCUCAGGGUGCUGCCCGUGGGUCCAUCCCCAUCAUCGAAGUUGACGAUGAGCGUGGUGUCGUCAAGAUCAACCCUCUGGCCACUUGGUCCUUCAAGCAGGUCAAUAACUACAUCAAGGAGAACAAUGUUCCCUAUAACGCUCUCCUCGACCAAGGCUACAAGUCCAUCGGUGACUGGCACUCUACUGCUCCCGUCAAGGAGGGUGAAGACGAGCGAGCUGGCCGAUGGAAGGGCCAAGACAAGACCGAAUGUGGCAUCCACAACAAGAAGUCUCGAUACGCUGAGUUUGUUGCUAUGAUGGAGCGCAAGCAACAAGAGGAGAAGCUUGCUGCUGCCCUCGAGAAAGUGGCUCUGCCCACCGUAUGA